ACCCUCGCAGGCGCGUCGACGAAUUCAAGUUUCACCUUCGUGCCAGGGUUGGUUCGGAAGGUCAACACGGGCUUGCUCCCGAAUCAAUACGCCAACCCACCGCGUGGCUUGCGGUAUAAAACUCCCGCUCUCGCGUAAUUGGAAAAGCUAGUUUUGAUCGCCUCGAUACCGCGUCGAGUACUCGUGUAUCAUCCGUCAAACUGUUCAGUGGCAGUACGCGUUCACUCUUUUUCCGAUCAGGCUGCUGGUUCAGGCGCAAACGAGAUGCUGAAGAAAGCGCUGUCCAAAUCUGGCCUCAGGAUAUUAAGGGCAAUAAAGAAGCUUUCAACGAAGAGCAGAUUGGCGAAGAAGUCGCAGUCGGGUGCCACGUCUAAACUGUCAUUGGGAUCUGCAAAUUCGAGGCCUUCAAUGCUACCAGAACACGAGGCGAUUUCGUUAUCUUGGUCACUCGCGUCGUUGGAUACAAAGAGCGUCGACACUUACCUAACGAUGGUCAGUGAAAAUUUUCUGGAAAGCCCAGAAAACUACAGCAGAAGGAAACGCUGUUGCUGUUGUGCCGAGUAUGAAGAAAAUCUGAGGAACGAAAACAGGGAGAAUGAGAUGUUUGUGUAACCUGCGGUGAUCAUCCGCACUUACAGAUACAAGAGAGAUUUUGGAAUGAAGAAAGAAAAGCUCAACUGUGAAAGCUUCGCAAUAAAUUUCUGUUGUCCUCGCUCCCGCUAGUUAUUAUUUCCUAACAAUAUUCGAAAACGGUCGAUAUCUACGUUGACGUAUAUAUUUCCAAAUAUCGAAUUUCACGUAUCUCGAACGCGAAAAAGAGUUUAACAGCCCCAUUUCAUGUACAAUUCUGAACAAAAACACCCCAAUACAUUUUCAUUUUACGCAGAAAUAAAAAAAAAUGGCACGAAUUCUAUGAAUUUACUAUUACAGAUUUGGUAGAAUCUGUGACGUUUCUUUAUUUCUACGUCAAAUGAAAAUAUGUUUGCUUAUUUUUAUUCAGAAUUGUGUAUAGAAUGGGGCUGUAAAGCCCUUUUUUAAUACGCGGACUUUAAUAUUUGGAGAUAUAUACGUCAAUAGCGAAAUCGACUAGGGCACUCCCUUAAGGGCUCUGCUCAUUAUCGGUUGAAAGGAUCAUCCUGUCGUAUUUAUCCAAUUUUUCAACCACUCCUUAAAUUUCGGGUAUCUUGACUUUAAAUUGAAGGUGAAAGAUGGAUCUGUACGAUACUUUAAGCCGAACAAUGAACAGGAAACUUUUGUUUCUUGCUACACGUCCCGGGGAAAAAUGAAUAGAACCAAUUAGAUACAAUUAUAUCUUUGUCUAAUCUGAUCUAAGCAUGUAAUAUAAUUAUUAAAUAGAUAUCUCAAUAUCUAGACUGUAUAAAUAGGUUCUAGCAUUUAUUUAUUUAGAUCCGUAAACUUUGUGUAUGUGAUUAGAUCAAAUUAGAUGGCACUCAUAUCUUCCCGGGGUACGAUGCAAAUUAAUAUCUUACGAAUAUGAGUCAUGGAUAAAUAAUAUCAGAUACUUUUAACAAUUUUUGGAAAACGUAGAGACGUAACUUGGAAAUUCCUCCAAAGCCAUGUCGCAUAUUUAUACUUUAUAAUCAAAUCGAGAUAUUAAAAAUUAUCGUUGACAAUGAGCAAAUUUAUGGGGGAACGGGCUUUUUACAGCGGGUUUGAGUUUUGCUAUUCUACAAUUUAACCACGUUCCGCAACUUGUCUUUUAUUUUAUUUUAUUGAUGCUGUUAACCGAAAUGCAAUGUGAAUUCACUAAGUGAAAAAACUACGUCGUGACCAGCAAAAUUACGAGAGUAACUUGUACCGUACGAUAUAUGUCACAUUUGAUUAGACGUAAUCAAAACAACAACAACAACAACGACGACAACGACGACCACGAAAAAUUUUGAAUAUCGAUAAUAUAGUCAUUUUGUAAGGUCAUAAAUUUCGGAACGACCAAUUUAUCUCGGAUUUCAAGAAAUUUUGAUGUAAGUUUUUCUAUUCCGAAAGACUAAACAAAUACUGGGACGAUUUUCGAACUUCGAAAGACGCUAACGACGAAACGUUGAAUAUUUCAUUGACGAUUGGACUCUCAUCACUUGGAAAAAAAUCUCUUCAUAACUAUAGAAAUCUUCUGCCACAACUUUCGUUGUCGACUGUACAGACUUGACGAAAAAGUUUAACCGUAUAUACAAAUUGCGUCGAAUACAACGAAUCCUGUGAUCGAAUUUCAUAUACCUGAAAUUUUAGAGAUUUAACAAGUGAAUCGUUUUUCGUAAUAUUCACAUUUUUAAAUUCAAGUUAACUUGGUCAUUGAUAAAAACUUAAGCGUGAAGCAUCUUAUAUUUGUAUUUCUGCAGGCAUUUAUGAAUAUUCUCUGUUAAAAUAUACGUUGCGUGCGAUAUCGAAUGGAUGAAUUAUACAACCCUAUGUGAUAAUGUACA